ACCUAAACAUGUAGGCAGUAAAUAGACAAUUUUAACAAGUAUUUUUCAUUCAUCGCCUUACCUCCAACGAGUAAGCCAAAAUGGCCCUUUUGCUCCGUAAAACAUUGUUUUUCAACCAAAUUAGGGCAUUGCAUAAAAAAGCGGUUAAAUUAAGUACACCAAUAACUUUCAAAUCGGGUGAAAAUUUUAAGAAAUUUGAUGCAGUUCGGCCCGAAGUGAUGAAAUCCUUAAUGUCUAGUCCUAAGUUCACGGAACAAUUGCCUGAAGUUGGUACCAAGAUUAAAGGGUUGUUAGAUUACACAAUGCACGGAGGGAAACGUGGCAGAGGAUUAUCUGUUCCCUUCGGCUAUCAAAUGAUGGAAGAUCCAAAAUACUUCAUAGAAGAAAAAAUGCACACAGCACGAUUUCUAGGAUGGUGCUUAGAAAUUUUACAGGCAAAGCUACUGUCUAUAGACGAUAUAUUGGACGCAUCCACGACUCGCCGUGGCCUGACUUGCUGGUACCUACGACCAGAAGUCGGUACUUCGGCGACUAACGACUGCAUGCUCAUAUAUCUAUGUCUGAUAGAAGUCCUGCAAAUGAACUUCGAGAAAGAACCUUAUUAUAAGGAUUUGAUAAAAAUUAUUAACGAUACAGCGAUGUACACUGGCAUGGGGCAAUACUUAGAUUACACAUCAGGAUACAGUAAGGAAAAAAAUAAUUUUGAAGAAUUCAACAUGGACCGAUUCAAUGCCAUCGCCAUACAGAAAACUGCAUACUACUCCUUCAGAAUGCCCCUACUCGUAUCUCUGCUUUUAGUGAAGAACGGAAAAGAAAGAGAUCUUAUAGAGCAUAUCGACAUCUGCUUCGAAUUUGGUAAACUUCUACAAUUUCAGAACGACUACAAAGACGUCUACUGGGACACAGCUACCUCUGGAAAAGAAGGCACCGAUAUUCAAGAAGGUAAACUCUCCUGGAUUGCCCUAACAGCGCUGGAGCGCUGCAACGAAGCUCAACGUUCUAUUUUCAAAGAAUUCUACGGCAGCAAAAACCCUGAACAUGUUAAGCAAAUCAAGCAGCUUUAUGAUGAAUUGCAAAUGGAUAAAGUGUACGAUGAGUUCGAACGUUCUUUUUAUGAAAAUAUGAAACGUCGAAUUUAUGCGAUGCCUACUGAAGGAGAGAUACAAUACUUUUUGGAAAUAUUAGAGGCGUGCCGACUGAGAGAUUAUUAAGUUAUCGAUAAAAGUGUAACAGUAGUAAUGAAUUAUACAAUUAUAAAGCGGUGAAUUGAUGUGUUGUGUUAUAUUAUAUUUUGUUAUAUUAAAUUGUUUUGAUUA